AUGCCAAUCGAAACUGCCCUCGGAAUCAUCGGCAAUCCUAUCGGGCAUUCCAUCUCCCCGUUGUUUCAGCAGGCCGCGCUGGACCAUUUGGGAAUCGAUGCCGAAUACCGAGCUUAUGAAGUUCAACCCGAAGCAGUGGGAAAUUUCGUAGGUAGUCUGCGGGCGCCCAACGUCCAGGGGAAUCAAUGUAACCGUACCGCACAAGGAGGCGGUGAUCCCCCAUCUGGAUGUUGUGGACGAGUGGGCUUCUGA